GUUCAAAUGAGUAGCAGUAGUUCAUAUGCAUUGGUUAAUCAAAACAUUGCCAGGAGAUGUCCGUUCCUAAAGUGACCGAGGAUGCUGUCCUCAAGAGAACCGAGAACUGUUCUCUGUUGAAGGAAACCGUUAAAGGGUAUGAUUGGAACCAGGGAAUAAACUAUUCAGAGUUACUAAAAAGUUACCUGCACACUGGAUUCCAAGCGACGAAUUUCGGUUUGGCAGUGGAGGAAAUCAACAAGAUGCUUAAGAAACGCGACGAGAAGCUUUCAGAGGAGAGUUAUGUGGAUGCAGAUGAUCCUUUUGUAACAGUCAAUUCAAACUGUACCAUCUUCUUGGGAUAUACCUCGAACAUAAUUUCCAGUGGAUUGAGGGAAACAAUUAGGUUCUUAGUGCAGCACAAAUUGGUAGAUUGUAUAGUAACUACAGCAGGUGGAAUUGAGGAGGAUUUCAUUAAAUGUUUGGCGCCAACUUUCUUGGGGGACUUCAAUUUGAAAGGAGACGCGUUGAGAGAUCAGGGCGUGAAUCGGAUAGGUAAUUUAUUGGUGCCCAACGAUAAUUACUGCAAAUUCGAAGAUUGGGUCACUCCUCUGCUGGAUGAAAUGGUCGAUGAUCAGAAGAACGGUACGAUUUGGAGCCCAAGCAGAGUCGUCGCUCGUUUAGGGGAGAGGAUUAACAACGAGGAGAGCAUUUACUAUUGGGCUGCAAAGAACAAGAUUCCAGUAUUCAGUCCGGCUUUGACGGAUGGCAGUCUCGGAGACAUGAUGUUCUUCCAUUCGUUCAAGAAAUUUGGUCUAGUCGUCGAUAUUAUUUCUGAUUUGCGCAGAUUGAAUCUGAUGGCCAUAAAAGCUGCACACACAGGAGUUGUUAUAGUCGGCGGUGGUUUGAUUAAGCACCACAUAAACAACGCCAAUUUAAUGAGGAAUGGAAGCGAUUACGCUGUGUAUUUGAAUACGGCUGCAGAGUUCGAUGGUAGCGACAGUGGUGCUCGACCGGACGAAGCCGUGUCUUGGGGUAAAAUCAAGAAGGACGCAACCCCUGUCAAGAUAUGCGCUGAGGCCACUUUGAUCCUGCCGUUAUUAGUAGCAGAAACUUUCGCGAAAUAUCACUUCGAUAAAAAAAACGUGAAAUAAAAACACCUUCAACUAUAACAAAAU